AUGGCCCAAGUUUGUGACAGGGGCUCCCCCGAGCUUGACGGAUGUUUGAGGUUCAAGAUUGUACGAGUCGUCGUCGCAACCCGACUGUCGUGGUGGGGUGUCGACGAAAGUUCUUGGACCCGCGAGGCUGAGAAAGCUCUCCGAGCGCCAAGACUUGGCUGACUAAUCACAAUCUUCAAAGACCGCCCAGAUGAGCGGAAGUUGGAGCUAAAACCUCCAACGAGCAGAAGCAGAAUCAAGAACAAUCCACCUUCGCCUCAAGUCACUUUUCGACGUAGUCACAUCCUUCACAAUGGUCAGCCAGAUGCCCUCCCGCUAAUUACAUAUAGUACAAACUUUGCUAACUCGUGCAAUGGCAGGCCGUCGCAUCAACGAUUUACAAGCAAGUCACCCCCACACGCCCUCUUCCCGCGACCGACUACCACGAUGCCACCACCGAUGUUACAGCCAGAGUGCUAAUUGUUUUCUCCAUGCAGCACUCUUUUCCGAAGGAACUUUGUCUUCCUCGGCGUGGUCUUUGGCGGAGCGUUCGCAUUUGAGAUGUAUGUUGGACAUACCCGGGACUGAAUUUGGGACUGCAAGAAUGGCGAAGGCGAAAGACGCUAAUACGUAUGUAGGGGAUUCGAUAACACAAUGGACUCAAUCUGGGACAAAUUCAACAAGGGCGUACGUUAAUUCCUGGAUCUCGAAUAAUGGGAUCAAACUGAUAGUGCUGUGAAUAGCGACAAUGGAAGGACAUCCGAUCGAAAUACGUCGAGGCAGCCGACGAUGACGAGUAG